UAAGGAUCUCCGCAGAUGAUUCGUGAGUCUCGAUUCGUUCCAAAAUUCCCGAGUUAAAGUUCCAGUUCUUCCAAAGAUCCGCGCACCGCAUCCUUUUCACUAGGGCUGGUUAGAAACCCGUCAUCCAAAGCGUCCUGUCUCCACGGAGACCCGCCGAGGCGGGACAUCCGCCCUGCCCUCACUUCCGCCUCGGGCCGGAAGCGCGGUUCUGAGUGCCCGGAGAGUGGAUUCCGCGAGGUGCGUAGCGGGUAGCAAUGCUGACCCCCGCAUUUGAGCUGAGCCAGGACCACGACUUCCUGACGGUCGCUAUCCGCGUGCCGCACGCGCGCGCCGCGGAAUUCGACGUGUACUUCGAGGGCGUGGACUUCAAGUUCUUCGCCAAGCCCUACUUUCUGAGAUUAACCCUUCCUGGAAGGAUUGUAGAAAAUGGGAGUGAACAAGGGUCCUAUGAUGCAGAUAAAGGAAUUUUUACCAUUCGAUUGCCCAAGGAAACUCCUGGCCAGCAUUUUGAGGGCCUGAACAUGUUAACUGCUCUUCUGGCUCCAAGGAAAUCCAGGUCGGCCAAACCACUUGUGGAAGAAAUAGGUGCCUCUGGGGUUUCUGAAGAGGGAGUCGAAGAAGAGGAUGAGGAGUUUGACUGGGAAAUUGAACAGACUCCCUACAAAGAGAUCUCAGAAAGUGCUCUGAAUUCUCAGUACCACUAUGGAUUUGGAAACCUACGGUCAGGAGUGGUUCAGCGGUUGCAGGAUGAACUGAGUGAGGUUAUUGAUAUUAAGGAUCCAGAUUUCACUCCUGCAGCUGAACGGAGGCAGAAGCGCCUGGCUGCUGAGCUGGCCAAAUUUGAUCCAGAUCAUUAUCUAGCAGACUUGUUUGACGACGAAGCGGUUGGGCAGAUUUUGCGAUACAGUCCUUGGUGGAAUGGCAUGCAUGUGGAAAUGAUGGCCUCUUUGGGACAAAGUCAGGAGCAAGGGGAUCAUGCUACUUCAGAGUUCCCGCAGGUGCCUUCCACGCAGCCUUCUCACUGGUGGCCCUACCAUGUGGCAGCAUCAGCAAGGGUGCCCUGGCUCGGCUCUGAUAGCAGCUGGAAGGAAUCAUGGCACAAAGUUGAGUCUGCAUGGACUAUCAGAAAACUGAGCCCAACCCUCUGCUGGUUUGAGACUUGGACUGGCAUUCAUGAAAUUGUGGUGUCUUUUGGGAGGCGAGUUUUGUGUUACCCACUACAUCGUCAUUUCAAGCUGGUGGUGAAAGCCUGCAGGGACACUGUAAGGAUACUACAGCUAGGUAAAAGUGCAGUUUUAAAGUGUCUCCUGGAUAUUCACAAGAUCUUUCAGGAAAACGACCCAGCAUACAUUCUGAAUGAUCUCUAUGUCUCAGACUACUGUGUGUGGAUUCAGAAGGCCAAGUCCAGAAAGUUGACCGAUCUCGCAGAAGCCUUAAAGGAAGUUUCUCUCACCAAGGCCCAGCUGGACUUAGAGCUGGAAGAGCUGGAAGCAGCUGCACUUCUCGUGCAAGAAGAGGAAACUGCCAGAAAAGCAGCCCAGUGUGGUUCCACGCAGCAGAUGCCGGGCUCCAGUCCAGAACCCAGUGAUUCAGAUGGGUCAGACUCAGAUGAGUCAGACUCGGACGGCACCACAUCAUCUGGCACCGAAGACUCAGCUUCUGAGUUAGAGGAGCAUGCUGGGACUCAGCCCAUACCAGUCACUUCUUUGCAAGGCCCCUUUUUGGAAGAGGGCAAUGCCCUGCUCAUCAGAAAUGGUGGGGUCUGCAGGAACAUGGCCAGCCAGCUGUCACAUGUCAGUGAAGGGCAGCCACUGGCUUCUCCCCUGGCUCCUGUGAUAGAGGAGGUUGGGGAUCAGCUGAUGACCACGCUUCAGGUGUCCACACCCCACAGUGCCACUGCUGGGAGCCACAGUGGACUACAGGAUAGCUAGAGGGGACAGAAGCCCUAUGACUGACUCUGGUGCUCAUUCAUUGUAGGGAACUAAGUCACCUGGGGUGGGAUUGCUCUCCUUUUUCGAGCUCUUUCUCUGUGUGCGUAGGACAUUGUUUUUCUGUGAGCUAACAUUUAUUCCUUUUGAUUUCCUUGUUGCAGCUUGAAAAAUAAACUUCUGAAGUAUUUUUUUUCGAA